UAACGCCGAAACGUUGGAAAUGGGAAUACCAUUCAGCAACCACGCUAAAUAAAAUACUGGCUAAUGCACGUGUAAAUCAAGGAAAAAUGGCGGGAGAAUUUAAGGCGAAAACACGUAUUGGAUUUACAGCUGACGAGAACUUCCCCGUGUUCGUCCCCGUAAGAUUUACCUCCAUGUGGGUACCAGGCAACGCUGAAAUACAGAGUCUCAAGAAUGAAAAAGACCAGGCUAACGAGAUAUCUUCAAGGAAUUCUGCUGAUAAAGACAGGCAUAUGACUUCACGUGUUUACAAUCCAAUUCCUUACUGCAAGCCGUUUGCCGCUGUCAACAUACAGAAAUCGCCAAGUACAGACGCAGUGACUAAUGUGUCCCCAAACAAGAGACGUAAAAUGGCUGAUUUUAAAGAAACUUCUUUCAAUGUCCGCAAAUUCAAAACUGCCACGCCAUACCGAAAACCUAGUUUUGAAGCCAUCUCCGUGAAUAGGGAAUGGCAAAUGAAUUCGGAAAGUCCUUACGGAAAGACUAAUACCGUACCAAUUCCCAAAUCACCGAAAAGCAGUACUCAGCACAUUGCAGCUACAUGGCCAAACUUGAACAAGAUAUCACCAGCCACGGAAGGUGAGAAACGACAUUCUCAUCCAUCACCUAUGUUUCCUGUCCCAUACAGAAAGACUGCUGAGAAUACUGGACCGUCACCUGCACCUUUUGUUCCUGAAAACGUCAAAGGGUUUGACAGCAAAGUUCUAAAGAAAGUGGACGUCGCAGCAGAAAAGCCACAUUUUACAGACAAUCUUGUAGUCAAAAAGAAUGAAGCGGUUGCUAAAAUUGAACGUUACUAUACCCAUCUUCUCACUAUAGUAGAAAACAUUAGCAAAGAACCACCACCAGAAAUCAAAGGAGUAAAUGUAAAUCAAGAAGACAAAAAGACAAAUGUAAUUCCUGGGAAGACAGAAAUGGACAAGGAAGAACUCUUCACAGAAGAGCAAUCGAACAACACUAGGAGUCCUCAGGAAUCCGAUAAACUUUCAAGCGAUACGGAUACACAUGACGCGGAGCAAUGCGUGAUGGACUCGGACAACAGGCAAAAUGUCAAUAAUCAAAACCUGAUGGAGACAUGCAAUCUCCGCUUUCAUUUAAUCAACAAAAGUAAAGAGAGCGCACACAAAAUGCUUAGUAUUUCGCAGAAUAUACUUGUUUGGCUGUUCUGGUUUUUGAAGCGCUAUUUGUUUCUAACAUUUAUAUUGAUAAGACUAUUCCAUUGAUUGUCAAAAUGUUUUUCCAUGCUCAGUUCAGAAAAUAUACGUAGCACUUAUCAUCA